AUGGGUUUUGGUCGCUCAAAACACCCAAGGAGACCGGCUUCGCCAGAGCCACCUCCAAAACCACCGCGCCCGCAAAGCUCGCAUCAGCGAUCAGAGCACAAACCACGGGCAUCGCAUCGUCAGUCCAAUUCUCUGUACCUUACGCAGCCAGGUGCAAAUUCGGUCAAUACUUUCCAUGCCUCACCGCCAGUUGCACAUCAUCAAAAUGUCCCAAUGUCCAUGGUACAUCUGCCAUUGCCAGUCUCGUCGCCAUAUCUUGCUCCUGCUACACAUGGUGGUGUCAGCAGUGCUCCACCAGCAUGUGCGUCGCAGUCACCCCAGAAGCUAUCUAAAUGGAAAUCAUAUACGAAUCUCAACCAAUCAAUGACCCAACUCGUAUCUCACACCGUCGACAAAACCAAUGCAACCAUUCAGGAACUGGAAAGGCUGGUACAGUACAGCUUGGUCGGAGGCGCAAACGUCAAUGAGGCCACAAGUCGCCUUUUGGACCAAGUUAUUACCUCCAUUGAUCUGGGGUCUUUUUGCGGCAAGGAAAACGAGCUCAUCGCAGCGUGCGCCAUUCCUUCCCAGUCAGGGGAAAAGAAAGACCGUCGAUCCCAGCGUCACAGCAAGAAACCCACAGGCUCUGUGGACUAUUUCUCCAAAGUGUACCUCUAUGCCAACUCGCGACUUCCAGCUCAACUUAUGCCGCUCAAAUUUUACCUUCCCACAUAUCCCCUUCUCCAACUGGCCGCCAAAUACUCGCGCCGAGUCUACGACAAACCGUCUGGGCGGGAAAAGCAUUCCUAUGUGAACUCUGAUUGGCGCCAGGGGACCAAGGCGAUGGUUGUGAAAUCGCUUCCAAUAGAUGACAUGAACACAAUUGUCUUCGCCAUUCGAGGCACUCAAAGUUUUGUGGACUGGGCCGUGAAUGUCCACACGGCACCAACCUCCCCGCAUGGAUUCUUGGAUGAUCCAACAAACUGUUGCCACUCGGGGUUCCUCACUGUAGCACGAAAGAUGGUUGCACCCGUUGCGGCUCGUCUCCGCAGCCUUCUCGAAGAAGACCCCAGCCGUAUGUCUUACUCGCUGAUUUUCACUGGCCAUUCCGCAGGCGGUGCCGUCGCCAGUCUACUUUAUCUACACCUCAUCUCCGAGUCGCCUGCUGUGCAGUCGGAGCUCACUCAUCUUCGUGGUUGUUUCAAACGCAUCCACUGCAUCACGUUCGGUGCCCCGCCCAUUUCCAUCCGUCCUUUGCAGCCCUUCAACUGUGUCAAUGGGUCCAGAUCAAUGUUCUUUGCUUUCAUUAAUGAGGGAGAUCCGGUGGCUCGCGCCGACAAGGGUUAUUUUCUUUCCCUGCUCGACUUGUAUGUCACACCGGCGCCGGGCUCGUUAUUGACCUUGUACGACCGGAAGAACACCUCUACCCCCAGUUAUUGGAGAAUACCUGCCUCCACCCUCUCACUAGCAGGUAGGCUUGUUGUUCUUCGCUCACGGGAUUCUUGGAAUGGUCGACCCAUGGCUAUCUCAUCACUUGGUUCAGAAAACCCCGCUGCUCUCCCACCGCGAGAGAAUGUUGACGCUUUUGGUCUCGUGGAUGCCGAUCUCAAGGGUGUCUUAUUUGGAGACCCAGUCAUGCAUUUCAUGGAUAUCUAUUCUCGGCGUAUCGAUGCUUUGGCUACUGACGCCCAGGGCAGGCAAUCAUGA